AUGACGACCGCUCAUAGACCGACUUUUGAUCCAGCCAGGGGAAAGGAAGCCCAACGCGGACCCGCCUACCAUCAGCGACUUCUCCCUGCCUACACUCUCCUCAAACACAGGCAACCUGGUCAGGGCGGUGCCGCGGACACUACUAAACGCGACCUUCGGGCAGAGCUGCUAGAAGCCGAGGCGCGCCACUUUGCGAAGAAGAAUGGUACCUACGUUUCGGAAGAACAGACCUCUACAGACGCAAAAGCUGCUCCUAAACGAGCGAUCGAUGAAGUAUCACAAGCCGAAGAGAGGGCUACAGAUGGGGAUGAGGCAAAACGGCGGCGGGUGGAGAUGUUAGAAAAGUAUAGGGAGAUCGAUGCAGACGAAAGCAGCGAAAGUAGUGAGAGUAGCGACGAAGAGGACGAUGAAGAUGACGAAGAUGAGACUGUUGCACUCAUGCGCGAACUUGAGAAAAUCAAAAAGGAACGCGCCGAAGCCAAGGCGAAAGAGGAAGCAGAGCGCGCAGCGAAGGAGGCGGAACAGCGGGAGGUGGACAUUGCACGGGGUAACCCCCUUCUGAAUCCUCGUGACUUCACUAUCAAGCGUCGAUGGGACGACGAUGUUGUGUUCAAGAAUCAAGCCCGUGGCACUGAGGAUCGGGGCAAGAAGAAAGAAUUCAUCAACGACAUGCUGCGAUCUGACUUCCACAAGAAGUUUAUGUCAAGAUACGUCCGAUGA